CCGGAGCGUAAACAAGGCGCUGGAAGGGAUGGGGGGACGGUCGGAGUCGAGCGAGGCCCGGCGCCGCUGAGGCUAAGUCCGCGCUUCCAAGCUCCCCGCCGGCCGGGGGUCCCGCCGCUCAGGGAGGCGCCAUGAACCUGGCCAGUCAGAGCGGGGAGGCCGGCUCCGGCCAGCUGCUCUUCGCCAACUUCAACCAGGACAACACGUCCCUCGCUGUUGGCAGUAAGUCAGGUUACAAAUUCUUCUCCCUUUCAUCUGUGGACAAACUGGAACAGAUCUAUGAAUGCACCGACACAGAAGAUGUGUGCAUUGUGGAGAGGCUGUUCUCCAGUAGUUUGGUGGCCAUAGUUAGCCUUAAAGCCCCACGCAAGCUGAAAGUCUGCCACUUUAAGAAGGGGACUGAGAUUUGCAACUACAGUUAUUCCAAUACAAUCCUGGCUGUCAAACUAAAUAGACAGAGGCUGAUAGUAUGCCUAGAAGAGUCUCUGUACAUACAUAACAUACGAGACAUGAAGGUGCUGCAUACAAUCAGGGAGACGCCCCCCAACCCUGCUGGCUUGUGCGCCUUGUCGAUAAACAAUGACAAUUGCUAUCUGGCCUACCCAGGAAGUGCGGCCAUCGGAGAGGUGCAAGUCUUUGACACCAUCAAUCUGAGAGCUGCUAAUAUGAUCCCAGCUCAUGAUAGUCCCUUGGCUGCAUUGACCUUUGAUGCAAAUGGCACUAAACUUGCCACAGCAUCAGAAAAGGGGACAGUGAUCCGAGUAUUUUCCAUUCCAGAGGGACAGAAACUCUUUGAAUUCCGAAGGGGAGUGAAGAGGUGUGUAAGCAUCUGCUCAUUGGCCUUCAGCAUGGAUGGCAUGUUCCUCUCUGCAUCCAGUAACACAGAAACAGUGCACAUAUUCAAACUCGAGACUGUGAAAGAAAAACCUCAGGAAGAGCCCACUACCUGGACAGGUUACUUUGGAAAAGUGCUGCUGGCCUCCACAAGCUAUCUGCCCUCUCAAGUCACAGAAAUGUUUAACCAGGGUAGAGCCUUUGCUACAGUCCGUCUGCCAUUCUGUGGACACAAAAACAUCUGUGCUCUUGCCACAAUUCAGAAGAUUCCACGUUUACUGGUGGGAGCUUCUGAUGGGUAUCUCUAUAUGUACAACCUGGACCCCCAGGAAGGAGGAGAGUGCACACUAAUGAAGCAGCACAAGCUAGAUGGCAGUAUGGAGCCAGCCAAUGAAAUUUUAGAGUCUGCAUCACAUGACCGGCCACUAGUAGCACAAACAUAUAGUGCUGCUGUGACAAAAGGUACUUAUGUGCCUUCAUCACCCACAAGACAUGCCUAUACAGAGGAUCUGGGUGCAGUGGGUGGAGCUUGCCUGGAAGAUGAAACCAAUGCACUGCGAUUGGAUGAAGACAGUGAGCAUCCUCCCAUGAUUCUUCGGACUGACUGAACUUUGACCUGUGAACUCACUCCUGAAGCAGAGAACACUGGCCUGAUGUUUCUUGAGGAAUCUCGUGUUAUGCUGCUAUAAACUUUGGCAUGAAUUGGGAGAGAGGAUGACAGACUCCAAAAACAGUUUUAAACGUUGUAGCUGUAGUCCUAAUUCUAUACCAUUGGGAAAAUAUAUGGUUUCAAUUCAGUGGCUUUUAAUCUUGCUUAUAUAUUUUAGCUGUUUGUGGUUUUGCUUUUUUUGUUUUUUGGGGGUUUUUGUUGUUGUUGCCAAAAUCUGCUGUUCGUGCAUUCCUCAGAACCUACUAGCUUUGCAUGCAUUCAUGUGCCAAGCAAGCAUAGGAGAGAGAAGCCACUUGAUAACAAACUAAAGUUUGUAUUUUUUUAUAUAUGUAUAUAAUACUUAGCAUAUAUAAGGAAGGAGUGGAAAAGUGGUUCUGGAUGCUGAGGCUGGUUCUGCACUGACAAAGGUCCAAAUGGUUUCCUGUGCAUUGGCUUGCAGGCAUGCCUCAUGACUGACAUGCAACCUUUAAGAUGCAAUAUCCUGUUUCUUAGGUUCCCCCUCCCCUUCCCUGAACCAUUUGGUUAAUUAAAAUUCCUUCUGAACGUUG